AUGUCGACAUAUCAGUCUCGUCUUCUAGAGGCGGGGGCUUCUCCAGAGGAAACUGCUGCCCAGUGUAAGGCCGUGAUCUUUGCGGGUGUCGACUCCACCGCCAUCAUGCUGGCAACCAUCCUCGUCCACCUCAUCCACAACAGGAAGGCAAGGUAUACACUUUCAGCAGAAAUUACACAAUAUCGACAGGAAAGCCCAUCAAUAGAUUCAGAGUCCAUCCCUUAUCUGCGCGCUGUCGUUAAAGAGGGGCUUCGACUGGGCAUGGCAAACCCAACCCGAUUUACCCGGGUCAGUCCUUCCUCCUCCAUCCUCCGUGUUGGCGAGCACACCUUGCCUGCCGGCACCGUCGUAGGCUGUGCUGCGUAUAAUCUACAUUAUGACGAGGAUGUAUUUCCGCGGCCCUUUGACUACCGGCCAGACCGGUGGUUGGAGGCCAGACAGGACGGAGGGCUUAUGGAGAGGAACAUGAUGCCGUUUGGGUUGGGAUCUAGGGCCUGCAUUGGGAAGAAUCUAGCAAUGAGACAGGUGUAUGAGACCGUUCUAGCGAUGAAUAACACCCAACAAUCAUUCAGCUUCCUCCCAGGCCAAUGGCUAGAUGUUCACAUCCCAUCCAUCGCCCAAGCGGGUGGAUUCACUAUCACUUCCACCCCAGCAGAUGCACAAGUACUGCCACCACCCGAGGCAUCCACAACCUCGCCAACGGAGGAACCCCUGGCCUCAUCUAUCGACCUCCAAGGCAGACCCCCCUAUGUGGAAUUAGCCGUGCAAGAGUCGCCGGGGAACCCGGCCGCUGCAUGGCUAUGGAGACCAAAAGAAGAUAUCCUAGGCAAAGAGUUGAGCAUCCGAGUAGGCGGGAGCUUUACCUGGCCACCUACUGGGGUGGACAGUAAAGACGUGAAGAAUGCGAUCUUUAUUGCUGGUGGUGUUGGUAUCAAUCCGCUAAUCUCAAUCAUCUCCCACUUGAACAAUAACGACCCAAACACAACCUGUCCCCCAAAAAUCCACAUCCUGUACUCAACACGGCUACCAGGAGGCCACGAAAAUCUCUCGCUGGAAGAAAAGCUCGAGCAGAUUCUCUUCCUACCUCGUUUACGCCAGAUCAUGCAGUCCCAGAAACAGUCCCGGCGAACCGAAAUAUUCUUAGACCUCUUCCUCACUGAUCUACCUGCAGGUUCGAACAAGUUAGGCAUUGAUAGGGCUGGUCUUUCAACGAUUCAUGCGGGGCGGAUCAGUGAGUCUUAUUUGCAUGAUGUGGUUGUGAAUGCGAGUGAGAGGAUGGAUUUGAAGGAUACAGUCUGCUAUGUCUGUGGGCCGCCUGGUAUGACUGAUUCAGUGGUUGAGGUAUUGGGCAGGAUUCUUGGGGAAGGUGGGAAGCAGAGGAUUUUCUUUGAGAAGUGGUGGUAA